UCUGUAGAGGUCAGGCUACAGCUGUCGGCGUCUCGACGUUUGCUUCUCUCAGCGCACUCAGCUGCCUGGCGGCUAUUGCCACAAAUUUUGUUAGUAUUUCUAAACUCUGAAUUUCCACUCUGCUGUGAAGCAUCUUUUUGUUUGUGAGAAAGAAGAAGUUCAAGGAGAGUUUAAAAAGACUUUAGGGUCGGGCAAAGAUGGAAGAAGGCCCUCAGGGUCCCGACUGGGAUAGUGAUGAAACCGUGAUUGAGGGGUCAGUGGCAGAGAGCGACCUGGAAGAUGAUGAGCUGCCCUGGAGAAGGUUGCUGUUUGAUCGAGACCCAGCUUUUACGUCUGGUGUUCAUCCUGGUAUAAGUGGUAGGUACAAAGGCACACUUUCUCCUGAGAUUCAACUUGGAGGCAAACUCAGAGAAGACUCACAGCAAAUGAAUAAAGAUAAAAUGAUGUCCAUUCUUACUGAGGAUUCAGUAUUACAGCAACCUCAAGAUGACACAACACAAAAUCAAGGUGUAUUACAGACUGGAAACAAUUUUGCAGUGUUCACUGUGUCAUCUCCCCAGGCUGGACUUUCAUUGGAGGAGCAAAACAUUGAAGGGUCUGAAGCUGAAAAUUCUGAAGUUUUUCCAGACCUAGAAAAGGAACUAAGUGAAGACAAAGACUCCCCUGAAAUUAGCCUGCUCUCAAAUUCUGCUACUAUGGUAUCUGGUAUUGUUGCUGUAAAGGAGAAAUUCUUAAUAGAGCCAGAGAAGAUCUUAGCAGCACCGAAUACAGUUUAUGACCCUGGAAAGGAAGUCACACUGACCAUGUCUUCUAAAGAAACCAAGGACGAAGAAAGCUCACUUGAAACUUUUGUGUCUGCCUUAGAAAAGUUACUAACAUCACCAGAAAGCACCCAAGAAAAAAGACUGUUUGAAACGGUGAAUGAUUUGGAUCCUGGAGAACUGAUGAACACACUGAGUAACUCAUCGAGUUCUUUGUCAAUAUCUUUGAGUGCUUUGUCACCAUAUUGUAGAGAUUUACUAGAAAAUACAGAGGGUGAUGCAUUCCCACCUGAGUUGCUGGCAGCACUGAAUGCAUUGUCAGAAGACAAAACAGGGACCGUUUGUUGCAGAAAAGAAGGUGGCAGUCUCAUUGGUAGAAAUGAAGUUUUGGAAAUGGAGCCUGAUACGUUUCAGACAGAUGAAGAUUGUACACAAAUAACAGAGACUAUAGAAAACUCAACUUCAUUUGGAUCCCAAAGUUGGGCUCAUCAAAAUGUCACCAUUUGUGAGCCAAUAAAUAAUAAAAAUCCAAAUCCCAUGGAUAAUACUUCUCACCAGGAAACUCCAUAUGUUUUACGGAGAUCAUCUAGAUUAGAAAAACUGAAAGCAAACCGAGAUGCAAAGUGUACAGAUGAGAUGUAUAAGAUGCCAGAAAAGGUUGUAUCAAAUAUAUAUACCUGUGAGGAUCAAAUAAAUAAGUCAGCUGAAAAUUCGGGAACUCAAGAUCCUGUUUUAAUGAUUGAAGAUAAAAAGAAGAAUAUGAAUUCUUCCAGAUUCAAGGGUGAACAGAUCAGGAAAAAUGAACGACUUAUAUUAAAAAAAGAAAAACUGAAGAUUAAUAAAAUGCCUCUCUCUAGCAUAAACCGCCGAAAUGUUUUUGGAGAGAACUUACUAUAUCAGGCUGUCCUAUAUGAUGAUGCUGAUCUUGUUCAUUGUUGUAUAAAAAAAGGUGCAAAUGUUAAUCAGCCAAGUUAUGCUGGUUGGACUGCACUUCAUGAAGCUAGUGCUGGGGGAUUUUAUCGGACAGCAAAAGAACUAUUAAAAGGAGGAGCAGAUGUAAAUUUCAAAGGAAUGUACCAGAUCACACCCCUGCACGAUGCUGUGAUAAAUGGACAUUAUAAGGUGGCAGAGUUACUUCUUUUGAGUGGAGCUGACCCGUUAUUUAGAAGUGACAAUGGAAAGUGUGCUUUGGAUAAGGCUAGAGACUCACGUAUGAAGCGUCUCCUUGAGAAAUAUAUUCCUAAGUAUCAAAAACUUCUUGCAUCAGAUCAAAGGAAAGGCACUGACCCAGGAGAUGUAGAGGACAUAUGUCCACACAAGAAACCAAAAUUUAGUCCUAAAAGUCACACUGGGUUUGUUUGUAAUGAAAAUUCCAGCAGACUGAGGCCAGAACAUGUAGAAGUCAGCAAAAGAAGCAAAGAGGAUUUAUUUGUAAACGAAGAUGUGUAUGAACAUUACUCCCAAAGUUCGAGAGUCACAAGAUUUGGUAAAUCCAAGCAUAAGCAAUCAGCUCUUAACCAAACACAGUCUACAGGACUCAGAAAGGGCAGUCUUUGUAACAUUACAGAUGCUAAAACACAUGUUUUGAAAGUUAAAGGAAGGAAGAACACACAAGAUAAAAGGACUCAAUCAGAUGAUGGAGACUGCACUUCAAGACAGGCAAUCACUGUCUCUUCCCCCAGAAAAAUAAAUAGAUUGGUUACUCAUCAGCAGCAUAUUCUUCAAACCCUUGAUGGCCUUCAAGAAGAGUGCUAUGAACCUUGCAGCCCAACUGUGUCAAGCCUGAAAGAUGGACUAGGUAACAAAGUAAAGGUUUGUUCAGUUUCCAAAGAGGUACAUACCCAAGAAGGUCAAGAAAUGCAGUUUUUGGGGUUAGAGCACAUUGGCCAAACUGAAGCUGGUUCUUUUUCUGGACCUUCAUUACAUAAAGAAGUCAGGUUACCACUUGUUUCUACAGAUCAGCAGCUUCAUGGUUACCAAGAACAACAGAAUAGCCCUUAUAAAUCUCAUGAUAAUAGCAACUUAGGUAAAAAAAUUAAGACCUUUAAUAAAUGGGAAAGUUCUUUCUUAUCCUUUAUAAAGGAUAGUUAUGAUGAUUGCUGUGUCUCUGAGAAGCCUGUAACAUCUGGAAUGGCUAUAUGUUCUGCAGAAUGCAAAAACCACUCUGAAGAAAAUCUAAGAAAUACAGAAGAAAGGAAUUUUCAAAGGCUUUUACCUUCAGAAGACCAUUUUUCACAGGAAAAUGAAUUAAAAGAAGGCGGUAUAACCAUGCUUCCACAACAGGAAGCUGUUAGUUUUUCUGAUUUAGUUGAGGUAGUAAUUUCUGAACAACCUGUUGCCAAUUAUGAACAAUGCAUGGAUGGAACUUAUUUUGACCAAUCACUUGGCAAUCCUAAGCAAACUUCCCUGACAUGUAAAAGGACACUUUCAAUACAUGAAGUUUCAAAGUUGACUAGUCAUGUGGAGUUAUUAAAAAAGCCUCAAGAUUAUAACCCCAGAGAAUCAACUCCUUUAAUGAGUCAAACAGAUACACAUAUUAUGGAAAAGGUAAUGAAAGAAGACACUGAAAGGCAUUACAGUGACAAAGAUGAAAAAGCAAGGCUUUUUUCCACUGUUGUUCAUUCUCAAGAGAUAGAAAUAACUAAUGUUGAGAGAAAGAGACAAGAUCUUUCAGAGAGUGAGCCUAUGACUAAUACAAAUGUUUGUUCCACUAACAAUAUAAAUAAAGAAUUGACUGACGUCUCAGGAUGUAAUCAGAAAGAAAAGGAAAUUUCUCACAAACCAGGUGAGGAAUUAACUAGCGCUAUCAAUGAAAGUGAAAGCAUUGUAACAAAUUGUUUAGAUAAAAAAGAAAAAGUUGACUCAGAAAUUUACAUGUCUCUCAAUGCCCAAGAACACAAAAAAUACCAGAAUUUCAAAAAAAGAAAAGGUCUCUUGAAAGCUACCUGUAACCAAGGUUGGACACCUCUUAAGGAAUUCAGUGAUGUAACUGUAGAGUUAUUAAAAGCUGGUGCUGAUGUUAAUUGUGAAAGUAUAGAUGGAAUUCUGCCCUUAGAUGAUGCUGCUGCAGGCAAUCAUUUAAAGGUAGCUGAGAUACUACUACAACAUAGAGCAAACCCUAAUCCAAAGGAUAAAACACAGAAGACUCCUUUGCAUGAAGCAAAUAAUGAAAAAAUGAAAGAGUUGCUAAAAUCUUAUGGUACUACUGAGACCAGUAAUAAAGAUGAUAGUAAUCCUGCAAUGACUGUAAAAAGUCCUGCUGUUCAUUCAAAAAGAUAUAAACGGUGUUUGUGCGAUGAUGACAAAACUGUUGAUCCAUCUUCUUCUUCACAACAAGAAAAAGGAAUAGAAGACUUUCCCUUGCAUCAGACCAUCAGUGCCAUUCUACAAGAUGUAGAAGAAAACCAAGAAAAGUUAUUAGAGUUUGAAAUAAGAAACCCUAAGGAUGCAGAACAAUACAUUGAAAAGAUGUUGGAGAUAAAAGAGAUUUUGGAUAAUGUGCUUGCCAAACAGAAAGCAGAAAGGGAUGAUUUGGCUAAAAAAUACAGGGUGUCCAUAGAGUCAUUUAAGCAUGGAGUCCUGAGAGAACAACUGGCCAAUUUGGCCACAAGACAGAGGAGACUUUUGGUUGCAGCAAAAAAACAGAAAAAUAUAAGCCUGAAAAUUCAGAAUUACAAGAAUGUCACAUCCUUGUCUAUUCCUCAUUUAAGGAAGUUACCAUCCAGUUUAGACACCUCCAGUGACAAGGACAGCCAGGAGCUUUCCAGUCUGGAAAAUUUAGUGAAGCCCCAAUUAAGUCCAUGUUCUUCUGUCAACCUUGAUUGUGAAAGUGUACAAGGAACACUGUUAUCUCCAGAGUCUUGGGAUGAUAGCCAAAAUGCUAGCAUCUGUCUAAAUUCCAAGGCAGUGAGAAGGAAAGAAUUUUCUGGAAAUGAGAUGAAUUCAAAACAAAAUGAAAAUGAUUGUACCUUGAAUGGCUUAUCAAAAUCCAGAUAUUCAGAUAGCACUGAGAUUAAAUUAUCAUCGCAGCAUGUUACAUUCAUUGCUCAAGCAGAAUACUCACAAAAAGAAAAUGAUCCUCCAGAAACUGUAGCCAAAAAUCAUGAAUUUUGUGGUCCUUCUGCCACAGGCACAUUAAAUAUUUCUGAAUGCUCAAGUAUCCUUUCCCAAAAUGAUACCCCUCUAUCAACUGUUAUUUCACACCAAGACCUUUCCCAUUGUGAUUCAAAAAGAGGAAACAAAACAGCUGGUGGGGCCUCAGAGUCUCUGCCACAUCAAAGCAGUGCUGUCUUAGGCACUGAUACUGGACAUCCCAUAAAACCGUGUCUUAAAAAAACAGCAUCCACCAUUUCAUGUGCAAAUGACAGGCAGAUCUCUUCUUCCUCUGAGUCUGGUCAUCAGCAUUCUAUGAAAAAGCCUUUAAGUUUCAGCACAACUCCUAAAAAGAAAUUAAUGCAUAUAAAAGAUUUGAUAUUACUAGGAAGAAUUAAACCAGGAAAUGAUGUUUUGGAAUUCAGAACACAGGAGGCUACCCACAAGGCCAGUAUUUUAUUGAGUGGUAAAAUUAAGGUAGAAAAUGGUCAGAUUUAUCAAAACCCAGUCACAUGGCUGAAGGAUCUUCUUGGAGGUGACAGUCGUGUUACCUGGAAUUAUGCUUGGAGUAAGGUAACAUAUCUUGGAAAGGAGCUUUUAAAGUAUAUUUCUGAGGAAAUACCUGUACCUCCAGAACCAGACGUGGUACCUCAGCAGCAUCAACCUUGUCUUCCAGGUAUUUCCAGAGAGUCAAGGGAAAGCAUUCCUUAUUAUUUACAAAUAAAUGAAAUACUUUUAAUCAGCGAUCAAGAAUUUCUUCCAUGCCAUUUAAUGGAUCAACAUUGGAAGUUCUUUGUGGAAUGCGAGGAACUAACAUUCUAAAGAAGGCUUGUUUUCUUAAUUUUUUGAUACCUGUUCAUGUUAUCAACAAAUCUUCAUCUCUUAUCCUGUGUGGUAGACUUGUUUAACAUACACUUUAUAUGUUGCAACUUAAGAUGUACAUUUACUGUUACAAGAAAAACACAUUUCUUCCGCUGUUAUUUUGCCAUUGGAAUAAAGGCAUUUCUGAACUA